GUUCGUCCAACGCCGUCAUAUUGAACGAAUUCCCCAGACCAACCUUGCCCACGGGGUUCAAUGUAAUUGCCUCUGUCCUUCUCUUCGAUAUGAAAGCCUGCUGUGCCAGAUACGCGGCCUCUCUUGUCGCACCCGGUACUAUUGCCAGAACAGCCGCCUUCGCCGCAAGGUCCAGAGCUCCAUUUUCUCCAUUGGCGCUGGGCCGUCGAAUGAUGUCUUCCACGACUAUCCAGUACGGCGUGAUGCCGAAAGAACUCCCAACAGACGAUCCUGACGACGUCCUGUUCAAUUCCCUCUACGGCGUACGAACCAUAGAAUUGAAUCGACCCAAGAAGCUCAACUCUCUCAAUGGGUCAAUGGCAAGGAAAAUCCUCCCGCGCCUUCGGGAGUGGGAAAAAUCUCAAAUGGCUAAUGUCGUUCUGAUAAGUGGUGCUGGUCCAAAAGCCUUCUGCGCAGGGGGUGACGUUGCGGAACUUGCGACACAGAACAAACAGGGACCAGAAGGUCAAAAGAAGUCUUCGGAUUACUUUGCUCUUGAAUACCAAUUGGACCACCUGAUUGCGACAUACAGCAAGCCAUACAUAGCCAUCAUGGACGGCAUAACAAUGGGCGGUGGUGUUGGCCUAUCCGUCCACGCACCUUUUCGGAUCGCUACCGAGAAGACUGUCUUUGCUAUGCCGGAGACUACCAUUGGUUUCUUUCCGGACGUCGGUGGAAGUUUCUUUCUGUCCCGUCUGGAUGGCGAGAUUGGUACAUAUCUAUCACUGACUUCCGAACGGCUCCAUGGCGUGCAGGCCUUCUACGCUGGCAUUGCGACGCAUUACGUCGACAGCUCUGUGUUGGCACAAAUGACAACUCGACUUUCCGAGCUCGUCUUUAAAGAUUACGCUAAUCUAAACGAACGACUGGAACUUAUCAACUCCACAAUCUCCGAGUUUUCGAGCAGUCUACCAUCACCCGAUUCCUAUGAAGCUGCCAAGUAUGGGAACCUCACCGGCGCCUUGCGGGAAGCUGUCGAUCGAGUCUUUAAGUACAACACCAUAGAGGAAAUACUGGGCGCUCUCCAGAAGGAAACGGAAUCAGCAGACGAGAAGAUCGCCGAAUGGGCGAAAGCAACCCAAAAGACCAUAGCUAUCCGAUCCCCCACGAGUCUGCGGGUCACGCUACGUCAGCUCCGAGAAGGGAAGCACUGGAACAUCUCCGAGACCUUCAUCAAAGAACACAAGAUGGCCAGUAGAUUCAUGGCACACCCUGACUUUGUUGAGGGCGUCUCUGCACGCCUGAUCAACAAACCGCCCACGAAACCUGAGUGGAAGCCUGCCAAGCUAGAGGAUGUCUCGGCAGCAAAUGUGGACGAAUUCUUUGCCGCGCCUACAGAGCAGGAGGCUCUGAGGUUGGUGGAGCCUCACGAAGGAGCACUUGACCAGCAUUACACAGACUACCCGCACGCCAAAUUUGCAUUGCCUCGGGAGUCGGAUAUCGAGGCUGUUGUCAAGGACUUGGGCAAGGAAGGUUCAAAGAGGGUUACGGACGAGGUUUUGAGGCAAUGGAAUAACAAAGCCGGCGUGAGAGAGAAGGUCCAGGAUGUAAUUGCACGCAAGACCGUCUCCAGUGACGGAACAGCACUGCGGUGGAAGGGCGAAAGUGCCCGUUUAUAGAUGGCGUACAUCAAAAGAGCUGAUAGACAAUUGUAGCAUUAUGAGAGGCAAUAUUUGCGUGCAACUUACCUUGAUUGACU